AGAACUGUAGGAAGAUACCAUAUAAGCUCACAACUAUAAUUAUUAUUGUACCGUACCAUGUGACACUGUCAAUCAUGUGAUACCAUUUGGAAAACAGGCUCAAAUCUCUGAAGCUAAAAAAAUGGCCUCUCUCUACCCAGUUGAAACCAGCACAAGUGUGCCAAAAAAAAGGUGACUCUGACCAACUGGGUACGUCAGACCAACGCCCCCCUCCUCCUACCGAGAGCAUCAGCCGUCCAAUGGAAUGACUACGUCUUCGUGCUAGCUAGUGAUGGUACAGCACUUCUCUAUCAUGCUAAACACGGGAUGUGGUCCAUGCUACCAAAAUGUCCAAUCGAGCAACUGGAGGGAGCUCCACCAUUAACAGUACACAAAGGAGAGGUUAUCACACUUUCUGAUAACAAGCAGGCAAGCUUUCAUUUUCACCUCGGGGAUUGGAAAACUCAAAAUAACACCUUUCAAUUUCUGGAAGAUUUAAAUCACAGUUCUCACAAAACCAACAAAAUAGUGAUAGCCAGUUUAGAAGGAUCACUGUAUGCAAUCGUCCAGUGGACAGAGGAGAGCGAUCUUGGCUACAAUUAUUCUUCGGAGAAAAAUGACAUUGAAACGACACAGCAUUGUGACGUUUUACAAAGCCAAGGAACAUGGAAGACAAUAUGCAGAAUAAGAAAAGAAAAACCUCAAUCUUUCGAAUCUUACGAAUCUUUCAUAUCUAGGGUAACAACUCCCACUGCAGCAGUUGUCAAAACACCUCAUCUUGAAUCUGCAGCAAUUGUCGGAACAACUCUCUACGUACGAACUGAUGAGCAACUGUGGAAGGUGGCACUAGCCAUGGAAGAAGAAGACAAAACAGAAAAUAGAUAUAAAGCAGUAUUUGGCAAAGUUAAAAUGACAAAGUUUUUGCCAGUGUCACAUUGCUCUAAGCCUCUCCACCCGGGAUCAACCAUCCAUGCCGUCAAGAACAGCUUGUUCUCUUUCGGAGGACGGGACGAGGACUAUCAACCAAUGCCCGACGUGUUAAGAUAUAACCCCGACACUGACACCUGGGAGAGUGCCGGCUACAUGAGGAGCUGUAGAUACAACGCUACCGUGGCAACCAUGAGCCAAGCCGAAAAUCUGGAUGUAAUUGUUAUAGGAGGAAGCUUUGGGGGUAGUCAGUACGUCAUGAAACCAAGGUUAUACACCGAGACCAAGACUGACAACAAGCAAGACAAAGCUGAGGAGAAGGUCAUCUCAGAAUGGGAAGAUGCCACCAGUAUCGUUGAGAGAUGUGCUGUGGAAUGAGGCUAACAAAACUAUGUACACUGUAGCCAAGUUAGCUAUUAGUUAAAACUCACUGUACACAAUAACUGUAGGAGAAUAGAAUACAAGUACUGUAUGAAUAAUUAUAGUUGUCAUAAUUAUGCUCAAAACUAA